GCCCACGCAAAGAGAAACCUAGAGGCGGGAUUCCUCCGUAAUGGCUUCACCUCAUCUUUACACUUCGACAAACUCUUCUCAAAAAGCGGGGAGGCUGCUGUAACUGCAACGAUUUUUAGCAUUACACGGAUUAUCGGUGCUGAAUUUGCAUGAAGUAGUUGAAUGAAGUACGUUUGUUAAGGCACAAGUGCCGCUUUUCCUCUCAUGGUCACUCCUCAUGUGGUGAAGCCCUGUGUCAAUGAGUCACACAGACAUGGAGAACUUCCAAAACAUUGAGGAUGAGCCGUUUCCCAGCUUCCUUUCAAACGCCUCGCUGGGCAGUAGUGGCCGCACCACUCUCGGCAACAUGACACUGGGCUCUACGCUCGGGAUGCCCAUGGCCGCCUCUACCAUGGCUAAAAUUAGACCUCCAGUAGACAACAGAGUAACUGAUGUCCAAGCAUCAUAUUUAGAGGAAGGACAGUUUUCACUCAUGCAUUCCCAGGGGUCAGAUGGAGGCAGGGAAAAAUUUGUUCUCAGCCUCAAAGAAGAUUUAGGCGAUGUAGGUGACUUCAUUGCUGCGAAUCGGUUCUCUGACCUGCUGGUGAAUGUUAAUUUGGAUGAAACACAAUCUACUUCUGUUUCCAAAACACCUCUUGUGUCAGGUUCUGUUCCUCAUCGGACUACUGACCUCUCAACUGGUCUUCUGUCAUUCUCUCAUAUUGGAGACAAAGAUACAUUGGCAGCUCAGGCCACUGUGCUCCCAGUGAUGAUGGAGGAAGAGGAGGGUUCUGCCAGUGAAGGGACAGACAGUGAAAGGUGCAGUGGCAGCAUCGCCAGCUUCCUGGCCAAUGAGAAACUGAUGUCUCUGGACAGCAUGAACAGUGAUAUGACAGAUGAUGACAUUGAUGUGAACCAGCUCCAUGAUGAGGAACUGGAGCUGUAUUUCAAUAAGCUAAUGCCACCUGCAAUGCAGAGAGGCCGAGUAGAAGGACAAGAAAUCCCUGUUGAGUUACCUUCCAGUUCAUCUCAACCUCACUUCACUGAACCAGAAAGGAACAGACACCAUGAUGACUAUGACCAAAGGGACUUUCACAUGCCUGAUGUGCGUCUGGCAGCCACAGGUAUGGAUUCUUGUCCUGCAAGUGAUGAAGAGGAUACAGAAGAUGAACUGGAAGCUUCACAGAACCGGAGCAGAGCAAGAUUCCUCCUACCCAGCACCUCCAGACAACCGUUAUUUGUAUAUGGUCAGGUUGGGGAGAGUCAUCGGCCCCAUUUUCGACCAGGUUUGGAAGGAGGAAGCUCUGAUGAUGAGCUACAGAUGGGGGGAAGGAACCCUGACACCAGGACAGGCAUUGAGCACCGCCGCUCAGCAGAGGGACAGGUCAUCAACUCACCUAUUACCGGUGAUGGAGGAGGAGGAGAUGGGAGCAGUGGCAGUGAUGAGGAGGGAAAUGGAGGCGUAUCUACCAUUCCUUUGCCUCCCACCACAGUCCAGAGCACCUAUGAUGUGCUUCGUGGUCUUGGCAUCGUGGGUGGAAGUGGACAGAUGGGAGAUGAUGAUCAGCUUCGAUCUUUGUUCAGCAGAUCAGGCAUGAUUACGCAUGGCCAGAUGGGUGACCGUGUUGGUCCAGUUGGCACAGGGGAGGCUGGUCAUGCUACUGUGGCAUCUGGACUUGCCAGUCGAUGCCCAGUUAAUUGGAGCAUGAGUCUGGAUCGACAGGAGGCUCUUGAUGCAAUGGAUAACACCGCAGAAGUUCACCUGGAUUCUGUAUACUUGAGGGCAGGUGCUGGUCAUAACCCUCAGGACAUUUCUUCUACAGUCAGCCCCUUCCUUCAGGGCACCCAGAGCAGUUUCCACCUCUCUCAGGUACUUCAGGAAUCGCAUAAUAAAACAGAACAAGGGAUCGACCUGGGCCACACUGUGAAUCUUGGUGCCCUGGGCUUACGUGGUGGCCCUUGUGGGGAUUCUCCAGUUCUCAAUGAGCAGCAGAGCACCGGCAGUAAAGAUGAUCAACCUGGAGAGUCUCUGGAUGCUAGGUACCUUUGCCAGAGCUUUGAGUAUCAUGAGGAACAUAAUGAUAUUUGGAAUCACCAGCCAGACAAUGCGGAGCUUGAGUUACAGCAAGGCGCAAAUGCCACUCAUAGUGUGGUCUACCAGAAUGAAGAGGGAAAGUGGGUCACUGAUUUGGCCUAUUAUUCUUCCUUCGAGAAGGAAGCGGAUGUUAAUAUGCCUGAGGAAGUUGCUAUGCAGUUUCAGUCUGAAGAUUUUCUUGCUGGAAGCCAGGCCAUGGACAAGAUAAUUGAGGAUCAGGAGGAGUUUGAAAAGGAGCACCAGUUUAUGCAGGAAGAACAGAUUCAAGCUGUAAAUAUGAGUGAAGUGCUGGGAGACACGUCUUGGAAAAUCCCAAGUGGUAGCAACAUCCUCAUGAGGGCCUCCCAGGUCUCCUCUGUAGUUGAGCCUGAGAGCCAAAGUUAUCUGCGUAUUUCACUGGGGGAGUUUUUUCAGAGGCGCUCUGAAGCUCUGGGGUGCCUUGGAAGCAGUGACGAGGACAAUGUUAAAAGGCCAUCUUUUGGAUACUUAAUUACAUCACCUGAGAAGAGGGAACCUGUUGCGUUACUUCGACCCUCAGAUUUGUUCUCCAGAGGAAGCUCCAUCAACAUUGAGACAGUUCCGCAAAGUGAUGCUGAUGAGACACUUAAUCCAGAUGAUCUAGAUAAGACUCUUGAGCCCAACACAGCUGAAGCCACACAUGAGAAUAAUGUGAAACCGCAAAGAACUGAGGGGCAGGCUUCCCAGAUCUCUGCACAAUAUGGAGAUAAGGAGAGUUCUGGCCAUUCAGAAUCACCCAACUCCAGCAGCAAUCUUCUGCUCAGCAUCAGUACAAUUGCAUCUGCAAUUGCUGAUGCCUCCAUCAGCUCAGAUCCAGCACAGCUUGCUGCCAUGAUCAUGGAGCUGUCCAAACGGAGCCGCUCUAAAAGCCGUCAGCAAGUAGUAGAAGAGUCUGUUAUGAGUCCUGAUUCUGUAGCAGCCUCAAAUCAAAAUGGUCUGCUGGAGAAUAUGCAGAAGACCACGUCAGUGAGUGACCUUAGUACUCCUGACAUGGAGAAAUAUCUGAAGAGGGCUGAUGUCUCAAGUAGCGACAGUGAUGGAUCCACCUCACAGUCCUGCUUGGACAUCCUCACUUUGGCUGAUAGUUUGGCCAGUUCUAACAAGCUGACUCAACAACAGUGGGCUCCUCUGGAAAAUGGAUCCAUCCAUAAAAACGAAGAGCAUUCAGUUAUGGAAGAGCAAGCAGUAGGCAAAAAAUGUCAAAAUCUGGCAGGUAAUGCAUCUAAACAAACAGAGGGUACUUAUGUUGUGUCGCCAAAUCCAAGGUCAGAUGUCAAACGAAGUGCAAUUCCUCGACCCAAGUCAAGCAGUUUACCAACUGCCACUGCUACUGCGCAUCCAGCCAAAAGAUCUUUGGGUUCUGGGCAGUCAUCAUCAUCUUCCACAUCCUUCAAAUCAAAAACUGUUGAUUUCAAAUCUGGCAUUGAGAAAAGCAAAAAUGACAAUCGUGCAGCACCUUCCACCAAUAAAAGUGUCCCUGAAUCCAAGAUCAAAAUAGGAACGGCUCGACCACAAGUGGCCAGCACUUCCACCACAGGUAACCGCCGCUCUCUGAAAGGUGAAGGGACCGUGUCAACUCCUGCUUUUGCCCCAAAGACCUCACCUGGCCUUCGCUGUUCAGAAGUAUCGUCGUUGAAGACCUCCCCACACAAACCCAAGACAUCAGGAGGACGGACAGACAAACCUGCCAUUAACCAGGCACGAUCACCCAGAAGCCCUAAAACCACUCAGUCAGUUUCAAAAGAGAAAAUUGCAGCUGUUGAUCGUCAGGAUUCCCUACCAACAACACAGGAAAAAUUUGGCUCGCCUGAGAGCAGUGCCCCUGGUGUUGUGGAGGUCACCCAUUGUAAUUUCAGACCAUCCACUUCCCCUCUUACCCACUCCAGUCCAAGCCAGACCUCCAUUCCAAGUGGAUAUGGAGAGAUGUCUCCGUGUUCCCCCAGUAGUGGAAAGGCUCAGAGGAGUCCUGCUGGUGAUCCAGGUUCCCCUCAGUCCCAUUGUUCAAGCCCAUCUCUCAGUAGACUGACUUAUCUCUCCAUUAAUGAGAACACUUGCAUGCCCACCCCUGAUCACCAUAAGAAAAACACCUCGAUGGCUCUAAGCACCACUAUAAUCAGAGCCAGUCCAACUCCUCCAGUGGAACCGUUUGAUAACGGAAAUGUUCUUAGUUCUUCAAAGAGUCCAGAGCCUCUUUGCCACUCUGAAAUUCCAGGCCCCAACAAAAAGACCUCUGAACUGGGCUCACGUAGCCAAAGUGACUUCGGUAAAGACUAUGGAAAUGAAUACUCUAAAGGCAACCGCCAGUCUGAGCCUGGGCCAAGGUUGUACACUCAAGGGGAUUCUGGGUACUCAAGCAAGCUGAACAAUCAGCAUCCUUCUGGGACAGCCUCAGAACAGGCACGCCAAGUGCUGUCUCAUGUCUUGGGGUCUGGAUCUUGUUUUGGGGCUGCGGAUGACUUGACCUAUGGGUCAGUACCCAGCUACACCUCUCAAGGUGCCCUGACAAACCUUCCCAACCUCCUAACAGGGCGUUCCCUCUUCAGUUCCCAACUGGCACAGCAGUAUCUGAGCUCAGAGGGGCCUCUACAUGCUCCUCCCUAUCAGAUUGGAGGGCCAUCUGGUUUGUAUGGAGUAUCAGCUGCAGUGCCUGCUGCAAACCCAUCUAUGGGACAUAUGCAUGUACCUGGGCAUACAAGUCUUCAGUCUGGCUACCUGAACUCCGGUCAACAACAUGCACCUCAGUAUCCAGGCAGCACAACCUAUGGACAGCCAAGUGUUGGGUCAUGGGCUGCACGAGAUCUUGGAGACCUUAGAACUCAAGUGAUGGUUCCAAAUGAGCUGAAGUUUCCCAGUUCUUGCUGUGUGGGAAUUGCCUCUCAGACGUCCCUCAACAUCUUCAAUCCCUCGGAGCGCUGGCAGCAAGUUUCAAUCUCCAUCACAAGCCUAUCCAUUGAUGGAGAAAAGGUGGAGUCUGUCCCAUUCCAGUGGCUGAUAGUAAAGAAUAAGACCAUAAUUGGACCCAAAUGUACAGAAGAACAGAAGGUUUUGUUUAUAGCACCAAGGGCUGGACUGUAUCAGUAUACUCUCAGUGUGUCAUCCUGGCCUGCGUCUGCAGAGUCGGAGACCGUGGCGCAUGCAGAAGUCUUUGCUAAGAAAGUGGUGCUGAUCGCUGUGGCUGAGAACCCUGUGAUCGAGGUUGAUGUUGGAAAGACGGGCUGUUUGGACUUCAGGGACAUGCCGGGGGGCAGUACCAAGGCCCUGCCACUCAAGCUGGUCAACAAGACUCAUGCCACUGUGCCUGUUCGACUAGUUAUCAGUGCGAAUGCAUCAGCAUGGCAUUGUUUUGGCUUCUCUAAGAGCCCAGUUGCCAUGACCACGGAUGGUUCCCUUCAUACUGGCUCAAAUCUGACCUCGCUUUCAACUUCAUCAGUCAUAAACCAUGUGCUGCAUGCCAGUUAUGCAGAGAAUCAAGAAAGCUUCUUGGUGUGGGUUCAUUUCAGUGCACCUCAGAAGUACAUUUCAAGUUCAGGUGAGUUGGGGCCAGCUGAUGAAUACAGUGCACGGGUGGAUAUUGAGGUGGACAGUCCAGGCCCCAGUCAUGUGAUUCGGAGUGUAGCUCUGAGGGCAAGGUCAGGCACUCCCAGAGUGCAUGCACCCAAAGACCUACAGACGGUAUGUCUUCAGGCUCCUUUGGGGCAGACAGCCAAGCAGACGCUUCCUUUAAAGAAUGCAGGAAACAUUGAUGUUCUACUCCGACUGAAGAGUACUGAUGGAGACAGCUGCUUCACUGUGAGGCCAGAGGAACUGACUCUGAAAGCUGGAGAGGAGCAGGGUGUAGUGGUCUCCUUCACUGCCCAGGACAAACAGAAACUCAGGGAGAGCAUGUUGACGAUUUUGGUUCUACCCAGCGGACCUCAGUAUGAGGUGAUGCUGAAAGGAGAAACGGUCCAAGGAGUUUCUGGGAAAGUAGUAUCUGCACCUGCUGUGUUAUCACAGGCUGAGGUCCCACCCAUCCUCUCCAACAAACAGUUCAUGGCAUGGGGAGGGGUUACCCUGGGCAGAGCAGUGCAACAGAAACUGGUGCUAAGGAACAAUUCACCCAUUACAUCACAGCAACUCAGACUGCUCAUUAGGGGCCAAGACCAAGACUGUUUCCAGCUGCAAAGCUCAUUCGGCCCAGAUGAGCGACUGACACGUAACAGAGAGCUGUCAAUCAAACCCAAAGAGGAUGUGACUGUUCAUCUGCUCUUUGCUCCCACCCGUGUUGCAUCCAUGCUGGCCAAACUGGAGAUCAAGCAGUCUGCUGCACGUGCCUCCCAGCCUGGGGUCAAGUUCACUAUCCCUCUGUCAGGCUAUGGCGGCACGAGUAACGUGAUCCUGGAGGAGUUGAGGAAGCGUUCUGAAGGCUAUGUGGCCACGCUGAGUGGAGUGCACGCAGGACGUGUCAGUAAGCUCUGUGUGUGCGUGCGAAACACGGGUUCACGUGCUGCCUUCGUGAAAGCGGUACCCUACAGCAGUCUUCAAAAUCGAGCUGUCAUGGACUCAACCAUUAUUAGCUUGUCCCCUUCACAGUUUGUCCUGAAAGAACGAACACAGGAGGUGAUCACAAUAGCGAUGAAGGCUUCACGCAGAGAGCAGGCUUGCUGUCAGUCUGGUGCAGCUCUUCUUGCCACUGUCUGCCUCUUCUGUGGGGACGAGGUCUCUCGACAACAAUUCAGGAAGUUACUACAAAUCAAACCAGAAGCAGGGAAUAAAGUACUGUCUGAGAACAGCUUAUUAAAAAAUAUCCCCUUUGAUGAAAUGUUCCUUGGAGAGGAGCAGGUUCAGGAGGCCUAUGAUCUGCCUCAAAGGCCAAAUGAAGCCCAGAUUUUCUAUGGUAACAUGAGCAAAGUUAUGCUGUCGCUGUUUGGCACUAUGGAAAUGUCAGACUCUGGAGAGAGUGACCAUAUGGAGUCCGUCAGACCUUCACAACGGCACACUUCUGAAUCAGACAGUUCUCCACACAGCGGUUUGGGGUCAUCGGGCCGCUACAUUAGUAAUGUUUCCCUGGAUGUGCUACCAGUCAAGGGUCCUCCAUUAAGUCCGUCAGAACCUGUGCUGAAGCAAACAGAGCUGAACCUAGAGAACACCUGGAGCAUCAAGCCUGAACAGCUGGUUCUCACAGCACCCACUAUCAACAGUGCGGCUGACACCAGGCAUGUGCAGAUACUGAACCGCUCAAACAGAGAGCUGAGCUUUGAGCUGUCCUGGCCAGCUCACUGCCUUACCAUCACCCCACAGCACGGAGUCAUUGAACCUCAGAGCCACUUGCAAAUACUCAUCAGUCCCAAUCCUUCUCUGGCAACCAAAUCCUCCAUGCUGCCCUGGAGUGGACAGAUCUAUGUACAGUGUGAUAAUCAACAGAAGUCCAUUAAAGUUCAGAUCCGGCAGGAUCUGGCCAUGGAUGUUUCUGCCACUAGCUGUGCCAUGGACCGCUCUUUAUGCCCACUGCCACCUCAGGCUGAGACCCCUACAGUACCAGGACAGAAACCUCAGAGCAGCAGCACCCAGCCUCAGGUAGAGAUCAAGAACCGUACGCUGGUCUUCCCUCCCAUUGCCUCUGGAGAGUCAUCAGAAUGUUCUCUGGAGGUGGAGAAUCAUGGAGAGGAGGUCAGAUGGUACCUCUCUUCAUUUGCUCCUCCAUAUGUAAAGGGUGUCGAUAGCAGUGGAGAUGUUUAUCGUGCCACAUACUCUGCCUUCAGAUGUGAGAAGGUAUCUGGGACUCUGGGGAUUCAAGAGAGGAUGCAGGUUCCAUUCACUUUCCUUCCACGUGACCGGGGAGAUUAUGCACAGUUUUGGGAUUUGGAAUGUCACCCAACAGCCAAACCUCAACACAAGAGCCGUGUUCGCUUCCAGUUGUGCGGCACUGGCAUAAGAGCAGGAGAAGCAUCGAGUGCUAAAGAAAAUUGCUCGUUGGUGAAAACAGAAGCCACCGUGAAGAACAGGAAGAGACUGGAUUCUGCAGGCUCAAAGACUGGAUCUUCAACUGAGACCCAAAAAAGGGGCGUGUAUGCACCUCAAAGUCUGUACACAUUUCCUGCCACACGAGUGGGCGCCACCAGCACAUUGAAGGUUAACUUUAGAAAUAACUCCUCCAACACGCAUGAGCUAAAAUUCAUAAGUCCUAAAGAGCCUUUCCACAUCAAGCAUUCAAAUUAUUCUCUAAGAUCACAACACUACAUCAACCUCCCUGUUCAGUUUGUGCCGGCCGCUGUGGGCCAGUUUUCCGGCACGCUACUCGUACAGACGGACACAGACGCUAAACUGGCCGUAGAGCUCCGUGGAGAAGCCUUGCCAUGAAAACCGGCUCAACAUAGCCACUCACCGCCAGCAGAGGACACUGCAGGACGAAGCUAAUAAUGAAGAGACAUUACUUGAACUUUUUUCGUCUAAAUGCUCUGCAAAAGAAUGUCUGAGUUUGUUUUCCACCACCCUGCGUUUUUGUGAUUGUUGACCGCUAUCAUCAUAUAGUUAUGGCCUUUUUGGAUAAGCACCAUACAAUAUGGAUAUUAUAUAUCCAGAGUCUCAAAUUUGUCGUAAUUUUUGGUAUUUUGCCACCGUUUAUCACCUUUGUAUCACUGGUGUAAAAGAUAUCAGUUUUUGUCGUUUUCUAGGAUUUGUUUCCUUUUGUGUAACUGUUAAUAUGAGCUCACCUGUUGACCGAAGUGUUAUCACAUAAUGAAGCUAUACGAAUAUUUUAAAGAAAGAUCUGCAUCACCAUUAGUUGAAAAUUGCACAUGCUUUAUACAGCACAAAGUGUUUUUUUUUUUCUCCUUUAUUUUUGUGUGUCCUGUGUAUUUAUUUUAAAUCAGUUCUUGAUAAAUAAAAAUUCUUAAAUUCA